AUGUGGACUCAGUUUCAAGCGGCGUGGGAGCUGCCGUCCGCAGUCGUCCUGGGCUUCCUCAUGCUGCUCGCUGGUAUUGCCCACCUGUACAGAGCGUCCAAGAGCCCGUCAUCACCUCACAAGGACUGGGACCAAGACCGGCCGGGAAAGCCCGAUGAGACAAUCAUACAGCCUCUCAAAGACUUUGACUGGAUAGUCGAGGAACCCCAGAAAUUCCGUCCAUUCAAGCCCGUCUACCACAUCUCGAUGGGCUUGCAAUCGGACACACCGUCGGGCCUCAUCACCAUUGACAAGGAUUACCUCGAUAGAGUCAAUCUCCGGCGCGGUCUCAUCCGUCAGCAUGGCGACAAGGUUCACGGCUAUAUGCCCGCUGGCGCCGAAGGUGUGCGAGAACUGUACGCUUUCCUCAUGGGAAGCUACUUGCCGACUCGGUUCCCAACAAUAUUCCAGCUGUCUAGCGACAAGGGCCAAAUCCGCAAUGUCGCCACGGGCAGGACGCAUCCAACGGCGGCAACAGCAGACCCGGCGGCGGCCCUGCGAGCCAUCGGAGAGACUGUCGAGGAGGACAUGUUUCUGCUGCACGAUACGCCCGAGGGCCACAAGUCGGUGGCCUUUGUCUGCUGCUUCGCGGCGGGAUUCGACCCGUCCACCAAGCUGGGCAAGGGGCUCAAGCAGAUUCACGGCCCGGUGCCUUCUUUCGACAAGAUUGGACCGAGCAUGGAGCGCUUUUUCGCUAGAUUGCAGGUGGGCAAGAAUGUCAAGCGGCUGAACUGGGUGGUUCAGACUCACGGCGAGCUGCUCGUCUGCGAUUCCCACGCGACACACAAUGCUGGAAAGGGGCACGGGGAGAUAGACUUUGGCCAGACGUUUCUGAGAGUCGAGCUCCAGACCUUGAGCCGUCUGCCGCAGACGCGAGCGGUACUCUUUUCCUUCAAGACAUACAUGUACCCGAUACGGCAGAUCAAAGACGAGGGCCUGGGCUCUGACCUUGCAGCGGCCGUCGAGGGCAUGAAGGAGGGCAACGCGCCGGGCAUGUGGUUGUACAAGGGGGGUGAGCUGUGGGCGGAGACGGUGUGCGAGUAUCUGCGCGCCUGA